AUGCUGAACCCCGGAGGAAACGGCCCGCAGCAGCAGCAACCGCCGUCGACCGGCUCGCUGCCGUGGAAGCGUUGCGCCGGCUGCGGUGGCAAGAUCGCCGACCGCUUCCUCUUGUACGCCAUGGACGGUUACUGGCACAGCCGCUGCCUCAAGUGCUCGUGCUGCCAGGCGCAGCUGGGCGAAAUCGGGACGUCGUGCUACACCAAGAGCGGCAUGAUCCUCUGCCGGAACGACUACAUCAGAUUAUUCGGCAACAGCGGCGCUUGCAGCGCGUGCGGUCAGUCCAUCCCCGCCAGCGAGUUGGUGAUGAGGGCGCAGGGUAACGUCUACCACCUCAAGUGUUUCACAUGUUCCACCUGCCGAAAUCGCUUGGUCCCGGGCGACCGAUUCCACUACGUCAACGGCAGCCUGUUCUGCGAGCACGACCGACCCACGGCGCUCAUCAACGGCCACUUGAGCUCGCUGCAGACCAACCCGCUACUGCCGGACCAGAAGGUGAGGCCGCCCGGACUGACCUCAGGUCAAGUCUUUCACAUUUGCAAGUAG